CCGCUCUUGGGAAGAUGCCCCGGCCGGAGCUGCCCCUGUCGGAGGGCUGGGGAGGCAAGGUCUACUACAUAGAACACACGAGCUGCACCACCAGCUGGAUCGACCCGCGGGACAGGUACACCAAACCGCUCACCUUCGCCGACUGCAUUAGCGAUGAGCUGCCUCUAGGAUGGGAAGAGGCGUAUGACCCACAGGUUGGAGAUUACUUCAUAGACCAGAACACCAAAACCACGCAGAUUGAGGACCCCCGGGUACCAUGGCGGCAGGAGCAGGAGCACACGCUGAAGGAUUACCUGGUGGUGGCCCAGGAGGCCCUGAGUGCACAGAAGGAGAUCUACCAGGUGAAACGGCAGCGUCUGGAGCUUGCACAGCAGGAGUAUCAGCAGCUGCAUGCCGUCUGGGAGCACAAGCUGGGCUCCCAGGUCAGCUUGGUCUCUGGUGCGUCGUCCAGCUCUCAGUAUGACCCUGAGAUCCUGAAAGCUGAAGUUGCCGCUGCAAAAUCCCGGGUCAACGAGCUGAAGAGGGAGAUGGUUCACCUCCAGCAGGAGCUGCAGUUCAAAGAGCAUGGCUUCCGGACCCUGCAGAAAAUCGACAAGAAAAUGUCUGACGCUCAGGGCAGCUACAAACUGGAUGAAGCUCAGGCUGUCUUGAGAGAAACGAAAGCCAUCAAAAAGGCCAUCACCUGUGGAGAAAAGGAAAAGCAAGAUCUCAUUAAGAGCCUUGCAAUCCUUGCAAUGCUGAAGGACGGCUUCUGGACUGACAGAGGGUCCCACUCUGACCUGUGGUCCAGCAGCAGCUCUCUAGAGAGUUCGGGUUUCCCGCUGGCGAAGCAGUACCUGGACAUGAGCUCCCAGACGGACAUCUCGGGGAGUGUCGGCACCAGAAGCCACAAUCAGUUGGCAGAGAAGAUCCGAUUGCGCCUUCGGUACGAAGAGGCUAGGAGGAUCGCCAACCUGAAGAUCCAGCUGGCCACGCUGGACAGUGAGGCCUGGCCUGGAGCGGACUCGGAGAGGGACCGGCUGAUCCUCAUCAGCGAGAAAGAGGAGCUGCUGAAGGAGAUGCGCUUCAUCAGCCCCCGGAAGUGGAUGCAGGGCGAGGUGGAGCCGCUGGAGAUGGCCCGCAAGCGGCUGGAGAAGGACCUGCAGGCAGCCGGGGACACCCAGAGCAAGGCGCUGACCGAGAGGUUGAAGUUAAACAGUAAGAGGAACCAGCUGGUGAGAGAACUGGAGGAAGCCACCCAGCAGGUGGCAGCUCUGCAUUCCCAGCUGAAAAGCCUCUCGAGCAGCAUGCAGUCCCUGUCGUCCGGCAGCAGCCCUGGGUCCCUCACGUCCAGCCCGGCCUCCCUGGCUGCCUCCAGCCUGGACUCCUCCGCCUCCGCCAGCUUCACUGACCUCAACUAUGACCCCUUUGAGCAGCUGGACUCGGAAUUGCGGAGCAAGGUGGAGUUCCUGCUCCUGGAGGGGGCCACGGGCGUCCGGCCCUCGGGCUACAUCACCACCAUCCACGAAGACGAGGUGGCCAAGACCCAGAGGGCUGAGGGGGGCAGCCGCCUGCAGGCCCUGCGCUCCCUGACCGGCACCCCGAAGUCCAUGACUUCUCUGUCUCCACGCUCCUCCCUCUCCUCGCCGUCCCCGCCCUGCUCCCCUCUCAUCGAUGACCCCCUCCUGGCUGGAGACGCCUUCCUGAGCCCCCUGGAGUUUGAAGAUCCGGAGGUGAGUGCCACUCUUUGUGAACUGAGCCUUGGCAGUGGCAGCCGAGAGAGGUACCAGCUGGAGGAACCCGGAAUGGAGGGCAAGCAGCUGGGCCAAGCUGUGAAUACGGCCCAGGGGUGUGGCCUCAAAGUGGCCUGCGUCUCGGCUGCCGUGUCGGAUGAAUCCGUGGCCGGGGACAGUGGCGUGUAUGAGGCUUCCGUGCAGAGACUCGGUGCAUCAUCCGAAGCCCCUGCUUUCGACAGUGAGGAGCCAGACGCGGUGGGAGCAACGCGGGUUCAGGUUGCCCUGCAGUACGACGAGAAGAAUAAGCAGUUUGCAAUAUUAAUCGUCCAGCUGAGUAACCUUUCUGCCCUGUUGCUGCAGCAGGACCAGAAAGUGAACAUCCGUGUGGCCAUCCUUCCCUGCUCCGAAAGCACCACCUGCCUGUUCCGGACGCGGCCUCUGGAGGCCUCGGACGCCCUCGUGUUCAAUGAGGUGUUCUGGGUGUCCAUGUCCUACCCAGCCCUUCACCAGAAGACCUUAAGAGUCGACGUCUGUACCACUGACCAGAGCCAUCCGGAGGACUGCCUGGGAGGCGCCCAGAUCAGCCUGGCUGAGGUGUGCCGGUCUGGGGAGAGGUCGACUCGCUGGUACAACCUCCUGAGCUACAAAUACUUGAAGCAACAGAGCAGGGAACCAAUGGUUCCUAUGAUGGUCUCCUUGGCUGCACUGUCAUCUCCUUACAACUGGGGGCCUAUAAUUCUGUCUCCCUCAACUACUAAACGGGGCUGUCUUCCAAAACUGUCCACACACACGGUUAUUUGCAGGAGAACUGCAGGGAGAAGAGCCAACGUAUUUCCAAUGUAUGUGACCUGGGGGCAAGCUGCUGACCCACUCGGUGCACUGGGAGGGCCACACCCUGAGAAGCUCCGAUUCUUGCCAGGAGGUGCGGUGUCCAGGGUGUGUCAGGGAACCCAUCGGUCUUUGUCUCCACAGGACGCUGUGUCCGCUCUGCUGGAACAGACAGCGGUGGAGCUGGAGAAGAGGCAGGAGGGAAGGAGCAGCACCCAGGACCUGGGAGACAGCUGGAGGUUUGAGGAGGAGACCAGUGACAACGAGACUGCAGCGGAGGAGGGAGAGGAGGAGGUUUUUGCUGAGAAAUCCUCACCAGAUCCAGAAGAGUCCCCGGCGGUAAAGGUGGACAAAGAGACCAACACAGAGACCCCUGCCCCGUCGCCCACAGUGAUGCAGCCCAAGGACCGGUGGGUGGGCACGCCGUCCCCAGCGCCAUUUCUUCGAGGAAGCACCAUCAUCCGCUCCAAGACCUUCUCCCCCGGACCCCAGAGCCAGUACGUGUGCCGGCUGAAUCGGAGUGACAGCGACAGCUCCACGCUGUCCAAGAAGCCACCUUUCGUUCGAAACUCUCUGGAGCGGCGCAGCGUCCGCGUGAAGCGGCCUUCAUCUUUCAAAUCCCUGCGCCACGAGCGCCUGAUGCGCACCUCGCUGGACCUGGAGUUAGACCUGCAGGCCACCCGGACCUGGCACAGCCAGCUGACACAGGAGAUCUCGGUGCUGAGGGAGCUCAAGGAGCAACUCGAACAAGCCCGGAGCCACGGGGAGAAGGAGCUGCCCCCGGGGUUGCGCGAGGACGAGCGCUUCCGCCUGCUGCUGAGGAUGCUGGAGAAGCGGAUGGACCGCGCGGGGCACAAAGGCGAGCUGCAGGCAGACAAGAUGAUGAGGGCGGCCGCCAAGGACGUGCACAGGCUCAGAGGCCAGAGCUGCAAGGAGCCCCCAGAAGUGCAGUCUUUCAGGGAGAAGAUGGCCUUUUUCACGCGGCCGCGGAUGAACAUCCCCACCCUCUCCGCAGACGACGUCUGAGCCCCAGAAAAGUAUUUCCUCUGGUCCGGGGACCCUGCCGUGAGCAGAGACUGCGGCCGCUGUUAUUUAUGUGGUGUUAUAUGAAGGUUCUGCGUCCCACGUCCUCUAGCGCUCCUCUGGUUUGAAGAUGAAGAUUUUUUUUUUUAGUUUGGGUUCUAUUAUUAAAAAAAAAGAAGAAGAAGAAAAUCCAAAAAAAAACAACACACAGCAUUAAAACGACAAGAUUGUAUAGUUUGUAUAUUUAGGAAUGUAUUUUUGAGAAAGAAAAUUUAAAUGAACUAAAAGCAGUGUCCAGUUGCUGCUCUUAAAAUAAAAUGGUUUAGAUUUUUUCUUUUUUUUGUACAGCUCUGCCUUCUAGAGGUUUCAUGCAAUAAGUAAGUCAUGUUUUGGGGACGGUCACCCUAAAAGGACGCCCCGCAGACAUCACAGCACAGCUGACCUUUCCUACCUAACGUAUUUUGUACAAUAUUUUAAAACGCACAGCCAGUGUGUCGCGGAUUCUGGGGUGUGCCUGUGAGUCUUCACCAGCUGUGACGUGUUUUUACGCGGCCGCCUGAGGUGGAGCUGGCCACGGGCCUGCCCACGCCGUCUCAGAUGCCCAGUGAAGCCACUGACGUGAGUGAGGGAGGGCUUUUCAUUUUAUCUCCAUCAAUAAAGUGGCCUUUCUGAACGAA